AUGUUUUAUAUUCUGGCAUUUAUUUCCUUGGCAGGCAUUAAUUUAUCAAGAUGCGAUGAAAUUCUUUUGGAUUUUCCCUUGGGAUCUCUCAAAGGUAAAACAAGGACUACAAUAGAUGGUGUUACUAUUCACUCUUUUCAAGGAAUACCAUAUGCUGAACCUGUAGUGAAUGAAUCCAGAUUUCAAGCUGCUCAACCAAAAAAACCCUGGGAUGGUGUCUUAGAUGCAACCAUUGAAAGGAAUUAUUGUAGACAAAUUACUUAUGACUAUUUAGAUGGAGACGAAGAUUGCCUCUUUAUUAACAUAUUUUCUCCAAAGGAUCCCAAAUUAAAUGCUAGUCUUCCAGUGAUGAUGUUUAUUUAUGGAGGAGCAUUUAUUGAAGGUUCUUCUGUAGAUGUUAAUUACGGACCUGAUCAUCUUAUGAAUUAUGAUGUCAUCUAUGUUACAUUUAACUAUCGAAUUGGACCUUUCGGCUUCUUUUCUACUGGCGACGAUGUAGUUCCUGGAAAUGCUGGAUUAAAAGAUCAAUCGCUGGCAUUAAGAUUUGUUAAUCAAUACAUUCAGUACUUUGGUGGAGAUCCAAAUAAAGUUACUAUUUUUGGACAAAGUGCUGGAGCUGCGUCUGUACAUUACCAUGUAUUAAGCCCAAUGUCAAAAGGAUUAUUUAGAGCAGCAAUAUGUCAAAGUGCGUCGGCUCUAAGUCCAUGGGCUCACCAGAGGAAUCAAACAGAACUCUCUUACUUACUGGCAACCAUUCUAAAUCCCGAUUUUUUAACUUACAAUGCAUCUUCAUCGGAGGUAUAUGAAUAUCUUAGGAAGCAGUCUGCAGUAGAUAUAGAUAGAGCAGCUCAUACUAUUCACAAAAUGGAAACACCUUCAGACUCACAGAUACAACAAGGUGUUUAUUUUGGACCAGUAGUUGAACACGAACAUGAGAAUGCUUUCAUCACAAAGUCCAUGUAUGAACUUUUACGAAACGGAGAAAUUAACGAUGUUAAGCUACUGAUCGGAGUUAAUUCAGAAGAAUUUUUAGGGGCUGCAGAAGAUGCAACAUUUGUUUAUAAUACAAAUGCAUUUACAGAAGAUAUUCUUCUUCUUUUACCUAGAGAUCUUAAUGUUAAAGAAGCUGAUCGAGCUGUGGUAGCCCAAAAAAUAAAAGAUUUCUAUUCCCCUUAUUUGGACUUCAAUAUCGAUACGAGGCAACUCAUUAAGUAUUAUAGCGACCAGUGCUUUGCGAGGUCUAUUAUUAAAGCAGCUGAGCUUCAGUCAAGAUGGAAUGAUGUUUAUUUAUAUUCCUUUGAGUACCAUGGUGUUCUGGGUGGAUAUGUGAACGAACCUGUAAUUGGAUUUUCUCAAGACGUUAGACAUGGUGAAGAUAUCAGCUACAUUUUAAGGCGUAACUAUGGAGGUUUAAAUACAACGGAUCUGACUAAAUAUCCUGAAAUGGAUCAAAUCGUCCAGAAGAGAUUGAUUACGAUGUUAACUAACUUUGCAAGAUUCUUGAAUCCAACUCCAGAAAAAGUAGACUUAUUACAAAAUUUGGAAUGGCCAACUGUUAAACCAGAUAAUUUUCAGUAUCUAGCCAUCGGUUCUUGGUUAGAAGUAAGGAAAAAUCCUAAAGAAGACAUGUACAGAUUUUGGAAUUACAUAUUUGACCAAUAUGGUGUUCCUCCUUUCACGUCAUACUAA